GCGGGCUGGCUGGCGCCUGGAGCUUGGGCUCGGGAUCUGCACAGGCUCUGCGGGCGUAGGCGGGGCGUCCCGAGGAGGCGCGGGGGCCCUGGCCAGGGUCCGGCCCUCGGAACCCCCGCCUCAAGAGGGAAGGGGCUCCGGAGCUGCGGGGAGACAAGAUGAUUUCUCUCCCCCAAGCUUGGAACAGCUGAAGGAAACAACAGUACAAGAUGAGAACAACAAAGGUCUACAAACUUGUCAUCCACAAGAAGGGCUUUGGGGGCAGUGAUGAUGAACUGGUCGUGAACCCCAAAGUGUUUCCUUACAUCAAGCUUGGAGACAUUGUGGAGAUUGCUCACCCCAACGAUGAGUACAGCCCUCUGCUCUUGCAGGUCAAGUCACUUAAGGAGGAUUUGCAGAAAGAAACUAUCAGUGUGGACCAGACCGUGACUCAAGUGUUUCGGCUAAGACCUUAUCAAGAUGUGUAUGUGAAUGUCGUAGACCCUAAGGAUGUGACCCUUGACCUAGUGGAAUUAACCUUUAAGGAUCAAUAUAUUGGCCGUGGGGAUAUGUGGCGACUGAAGAAAAGUUUGGUCAGCACAUGUGCCUAUAUCACUCAGAAGGUGGAAUUUGCUGGCAUCAGGGCGCAGGCUGGGGAGCUGUGGGUCAAGAAUGAGAAGGUCAUGUGUGGUUAUAUAAGCGAAGAUACCAGGGUGGUAUUCCGUUCUACGUCAGCUAUGGUUUACAUAUUUAUUCAGAUGAGCUGUGAAAUGUGGGAUUUUGAUAUUUAUGGGGAUCUGUAUUUUGAGAAAGCUGUGAAUGGUUUCCUUGCUGAUCUCUUUACCAAAUGGAAGGAGAAGAACUGUAGUCAUGAAGUGACAGUGGUCCUGUUCUCUAGGACUUUCUAUGAUGCAAAAUCUCUUGAUGAAUUUCCUGAAAUAAACCGAGCCUCAAUUAGGCAGGAUCACAAGGGGCGAUUCUAUGAAGACUUCUAUAAGGUGGUGGUGCAGAAUGAGAGGAGAGAAGAGUGGACCUCCCUCCUCGUGACCAUUAAAAAGCUCUUCAUCCAGUAUCCAGUGCUGGUGCGACUGGAACAGGCAGAGGGCUUUCCUCAAGGAGACAAUUCUACCUCAGCACAAGGAAACUACCUAGAGGCCAUCAAUCUGUCAUUCAAUGUGUUUGACAAGCACUACAUCAACCGCAAUUUUGACCGAACUGGGCAGAUGUCUGUGGUGAUCACGCCCGGGGUGGGUGUGUUCGAAGUGGACCGGCUACUCAUGAUACUGACCAAGCAACGGAUGAUAGAUAACGGAAUCGGUGUGGACUUGGUGUGCAUGGGGGAGCAGCCGCUGCAUGCUGUCCCGUUGUUCAAGCUGCACAAUCGGAGUGGCCCUUGCGACUCUCGCCUGGGUGAUGACUACAAUAUCCCUCACUGGAUAAACCACAGUUUCUACACAUCCAAAAGCCAGCUCUUUUGUAAUAGUUUCACCCCACGAAUAAAACUGGCUGGAAAGAAGCCUGCCUCUGAGAAAGCAAAAAAUGGCCGUGAUACGUCUCUGGGGACUCCCAAAGAAUCUGAGAACACCCUUCCCAUCCAAGUGGAUUACGAUGCUUAUGACGCGCAAGUCUUCAGGCUGCCAGGCCCAUCCCGGGCUCAGCGCCUCGCCACCUGCAGGUCCGUGCGAGAGCGGGAAAGUCACAGUCGGAAGAGCGCCAGCUCCUGCGAUGUCUCAUCCAGCCCUUCCCUGCCUGGCCAGGCGCUGCCCACAGAGGAGGUGAGGAGCCAGGCUUCUGACGACAGUUCCCUGGGCAGAAGCGCCAACAUCCUGAUGAUCCCUCACCCCCACCUGCACCAGUAUGAAGUCAGCAGCUCCUUGGGCUAUACCAGCACUCGAGAUGUCCUGGAGAACAUGAUGGAGCCACCACAGCGGGACUCCAGUGCGCCGGGGAGGUUCCACGUGGGCAGCGCAGAGUCCAUGCUGCACUUUCGACCUGGGGGAUACAUGCCCCAGCGGGCACUGAUCAACCCCUUUGCACCCUCGCGGAUGCCCAUGAAGCUUACAUCCAACAGGAGGCGCUGGAUGCACACUUUUCCCGUGGGACCAUCUGGAGAGGCCAUCCAGAUCCAUCACCAGACCCGACAGAACAUGGCAGAGCUGCAGGGCAGCGGGCAGAGGGCCCCGACCCACUCCUCUGCAGAGCUGCUGGAGUUGGCGUACCAUGAAGCCACUGGAAGGCACAGCACUUCCCACCAGCCUGGCGAUGGCACAUCCUUCUUGAACUUCACUGGAACAGAAGAGCUUUCUGUCAGCUUGCUCAGCAGCAGUGGUGCAGGUAUGAAUCCUAGGACCCAGAAUAAGGAUUCUUUAGAGGACAGUGUUUCUACCUCUCCAGACCCAAUUCUGACGCUGUCUGCUCCCCCUGUAGUGCCAGGCUUCUGUUGCACAGUUGGCGUGGACUGGAAGUCUCUCACUACUCCGGCGUGCCUCCCCCUCACCACGGACUACUUCCCCGACCGCCAGGGCCUGCAGAACGAUUACACUGAGGGCUGCUACGAUCUCCUCCCAGAGGCCGACAUGGACAGGAGGGACGAGGAGGGUGUGCAGAUGACGGCUCAGCAGGUGUUUGAGGAGUUCGUCUGCCAGCGGCUCAUGCAGGGCUACCAGAUCAUCGUGCAGCCCAGGGCGCAGCAGCCCAGCCCCUCUGGCCCGCCCCCGCUCAGCAGCAGCCCUCUCUAUGGCCGUGGCCUUGUGUCCCGAAACCGCCCAGAGGAGGAAGACCAGUACUGGCUGAGCAUGGGCAGAACUUUCCACAAAGUCACACUGAAGGAUAAGAUGAUCACAGUGACACGAUACCUUCCCAAGUACCCUUACGAAUCUGCCCAGAUCCACUACACCUACAGCCUCUGCCCCUCCCACUCAGACUCGGAGUUUGUCUCCUGUUGGGUGGAAUUCUCGCACGAGCGUCUGGAGGAGUACAAGUGGAAUUACUUAGACCAGUACAUCUGCUCUGCCGGCUCCGAGGACUUCAGCUUAAUCGAGUCUCUGAAGUUCUGGAGGACCCGCUUCCUACUGCUGCCAGCCUGUGUCACCGCCACCAAGCGCAUCACAGAGGGGGAGGCCCACUGUGACAUCUAUGGGGACAGACCCCGGGCGGACGAAGAGGAAUGGCAGCUCCUGGAUGGCUUCAUCCGAUUCGUGGAGGGCCUAAACCGGAUCCGCCGGCGGCAUCGCUCCGAUCGCAUGAUGCGGAAAGGGGCCACCAUGAAAGGCUUGCAGAUGGCUGGGCCCAUCCCCACCCACUCACUCGAGUCGACCGGCCCCCCGGUUGGGAAGAAGGGAACCUCAGCUCUGUCUGCCCUGCUGGAAAUGGAAGCCACUCAGAAGUGCCUGGGAGAACAGCAGGCGGCAGUGCAUGGGGGCAAGAGCUCUGCCCCCCCGGCCGAGAGCAGCGGCGUAGCCAUGACUCCCACCUACGUGGACAGCCCACGAAAGGACGGGGCCUUCUUUAUGGAGUUUGUCCGCAGCCCGCGCACAGCAUCGUCCACCUUCUACCCGCAGGUCAGUCCAACCCCAGGGCCCCGAGGCCCGUGCAUGCCUGUCCGUCGCAGAAGCCACGACCUGGCCUUCAGCUCGGCUCUGAACGCGUGGAAUUGGGCCGAAGCCGAGUUUGAGGGGCAGUUGAAACUGAAUUCAGUCUCAGAGGUGUCUGUGGACCAGACGGCCACCCCGAUGUCAGACAGCACCAGUCUGGGGGUGAGCACAGGCCAGUCUGUGGACAGAGGCAACAGCCAGACCUUUGGGAACUCGCAGAGCUCAGGGGAACAGGGCUUCCCCUCUGCAAACUCCAUUGACAGCAGCUCUCAGCAGUUGGCGGCCAGCUCCUUGACGUCCUCCUCCACCCUGGUGGAGAUCCUGGAGGCCAUGAAGCACCCCUCGACAGGAGUCCAGCUGCUCCCUGAGCAGAAGGGCCUCUCACCGUGCUGCUUCAUCAGUGCGGAGGUGGUACACUGGCUGGUGAACAACGUGGACGGGGUGCAGACGCAGGCCAUGGCCAUCGACAUCAUGCAGAAAAUGCUGGAAGAGCAGCUCAUCACACAUGCCUCUGGCGAAGUCUGGCGGACCUUCAUAUACGGCUUCUAUUUCUACAAGAUAGUGAUGGACAGAGAGCCUGAGCGAGUGGCCGUGCAGCAGCCCACUGCCUGGCACACGACGGCGGUGGAUGACUUCGCCAGCUUCCAGCGCAAGUGGUUUGAGGUGGCCUUCGUAGCCGAGGAGCUCUUGCACUCGGAGAUCCCUGCCUUCCUGUUGCCCUGGCUGCCCAGCCGGCCAGCCUCCUACGCCAGCAGGCACAGCUCCUUCAGCCGCAGCUUUGGGGGCCGGAGCCAGGCAGCUGCGCUUUUAGCUGCCACUGUCCCGGAGCAGAGGACUGUGACCCUGGACGUGGAUGUGAACAACCGCACAGACCGACUGGAGUGGUGCAGCUGUUACUACCACGGCAACUUCUCACUGAACGCGGCCUUCGAGAUCAAGCUGCACUGGAUGGCGGUGACUGCCGCUGUGCUCUUUGAGAUGGUCCAAGGUUGGCAUCGCAAGGCCACAUCCUGUGGCUUUUUGUUGGUGCCGGUUUUGGAGGGUCCCUUUGCGCUGCCCAGUUACCUGUACGGCGACCCACUCCGGGCCCAGCUCUUCAUCCCGCUCAACAUCAGCUGCCUGCUCAAGGAGGGCAGCGAGCACCUGUUUGACAGCUUUGAACCAGAAACAUACUGGGACCGAAUGCACCUUUUCCAGGAAGCCAUCGCACACAGGUUUGGGUUUGUUCAAGAUAAAUAUUCUGCCUCUGCUUUUAACUUCCCUGCUGAAACCAAGCCUCAGUACAUCCACGUCACAGGCACGGUGUUCCUGCAGCUGCCCUACUCCAAGCGCAAGUUCUCAGGGCAGCCACGGCGGCGCCGCAAUUCCACCAGCUCCGCCAGCCAGAGCCUGUUCUGCGAGGAGAGGGUGGGCUACAGCUGGGCCUACAACACCAUGCUGACCAAGACCUGGCGCUCCAGCGCCACUGGAGAUGAGAGGUUUGCUGACCGGCUGCUGAAGGACUUCACGGACUUCUGCGUCAACCGUGACAACCGGCUGGUAACCUUCUGGACGAGCUGCCUGGAGAAGAUGCAUGCCAGCGCCCCGUGACGGGCGGGGGGCGAGGGGCCGGGGGUACUGUCCUGCUGCUGAUGGUACUCGGUGGGGUCAGGCAGGCUCGGGUCGUGAGGGCUGUGGGUGCUGCUUGGCCCCCGCCAGCCUCCGUCCGCUCCAGGAGGAAGCCUGCGGAAGCCUCCGGCACCUGGGAGCAGGUGGGAGGGCGCCCCCGUGCACGUCCUCAGCAACAGAGUGGCUCCUGUGAGCGUCCUUUCCUCCACCGUCCGCAGGUACUUCCCGCCCAGGAGGAGUGUGCAAAGGAUGUAAGAUAACUUUGUGAAAUAAUGUACCAUAGGCUCACACCAACUGUAUAUACCUGUACAGAGCAGAAACAGGAAUAAACUGGCCCAUGUGGCAUCUCUGUCCCCAGCCUGGUCCCGGGCGGCAGCAAUCCUGUCUUCGGCUGGGCAGUCGUGCCCUGUCACUGGGGCCUUGGAGGCCGAUGAGGCGGCUGCAGAUGCUGGGGAGGACUCCAGAAUUCACUUGGGGGUCUGGCUGUGAGUUUACUGAAAGGUUUCUCUUCACGGGCCCUUGGGCAGGAGAGGAGAGUUCCGGGCAGGCCUCAUGAGCAGACAAGACGAUGUGCUGGGAUCCUGCAGGCCUGGUUGUGGGAGGCGAGUCUUGCUAAGUAGGUGAGCCUGGCAUGGCAUGCAGAUGUUGUGGCUUUCAGAAAAAAAUCCAAGGAAGCCUCUGUUGACUCUGGCUGAGGUUAGGACCCACUGCUCAGUGGGAUAAGACUGAGAAUGGUCCUCAACCUCAGCCCCACCCUCACUGGCCAGGGGGUAGAGGGUGGGGGGACCUGAGAGUUCCCACCACUUCCCCUCCCGCCACUUCCCCUCCACCCCGAGUUAAUCACAAGCCCUAUUGAUCCACCACCUCAAUGGCCUGCAAGUUCGUCCCCCUCUCCCAGGAGCCCUGCAGCUGCUCUCAGCCUGGCCCUCACCUCCUCUUCCUCCUCCUGCAUGGCUAGGAGCACCUCCCACCUGGUCUCUGCUUUCCCUCCAGGCCCUUCUCCACUCGGCAGUCACCACUCUGAUUGUGCCCCCCACCUAUUUAGACCUCUUUGGUGACUUGAACUUCAAAACUCUUAGACGUGGCUGCACAGUCUGGUCCCAGGCUUCCUCUCCAGCCACCAGGAACGUCAGAAACUCUUUAUGGGCUCACACCCUUUGCACACGCUGUUCCCUCUGCCUGGAACACUCCUUACUCAUCCCGGCCAUCCAUCCGCCCUCAGCUCAAAGGUCCCUUCUCCAGAGAAGCUCCGUGGGACCCCGUCAUGUCUUCCCAUGGCACCUUGCCCUCCUCCCACCACAUGUGGCACGUGGCAGGGGGCUUGACUAUUUUGUUCAUCCUUUUUUCCUAGAUGUUUGGCCUAAUGGAAGAUGCUGGAGAAGUGGUUAUUGGCCAAGCGCGUGGGGUGAAUGAA